GCGCUGACCAGGAACCCAAUUGGAAGUUUAAGUUCAAACACGACUUUAUAGUCCAAUUGGCAAAACCACAUACAUACACACACACACAGACCCGCAAGGAUUAUAAUAAUCAACAUGUUCUUCAAGCUGCUGCUCGCCUCCUGCCUGGCGCUGGCUCUGGCCAAGCCACAGCAUCCGCCAGCUGCUCAAUAUCCCGCCGGUGUGAAUCCACAGGACUGCCCCAAUUUUCCCAUCUGUGAUAACGCGCGCCUGCACAAUCCACAAUCGCAGUGGCAGCAGCCGCAGCCGCAGUGGCAACAACCGCAGCCCCAGUGGCAGCCACAGCCGCAACAGCACUGGCAGCAGCCGCAGCCGCAGUGGCAGGAACCACAGCAACAGUGGCAGCCACAGCCUAGCUGGAAUGCGGCACCAGCCGCUUCCGCCGGCGGCGACAAAUAUCCAGCUGGCAUCAAUCCACAGACCUGCCCCAACUAUCCCUAUUGCGAUGUGAAUGCCGGACAUGCAGCUGCACCUGUCGCCGCACCACCAUUGCCCGGCUGGACGGAGCGUCUGUAUCCCGCCGGCGUCUCGCCGCAUCAGUGCCCCAACUUCCCCUUCUGCAACUAAGCAGCCACACACACACACACACACAAAGCGCCUCUCCACACUGUCCUGUCCACACUCUACGCGAUCUGUCCACACGCUCAUCACACGCAUUUUUCCUUUAUUUAGCUUCCUCCUAACGCUGCCUAGUUCUCAACUUUUGAAAUUCUGUUGUUGGCGUCAAUAAAAAAAC